GAUGAAGUAAGGAAAAGUCGACGAAGCGCUAUGCGGAUAGUUCACUUAAUUUCACUUUGGUGCUUGCUAUACGCCAGUGUAGCCCUGGAGGAUAUACCAGAGGGAUAUCUGAACGCGGCAAAACAGAUAGCAGAAAGAUUGAUAGCGACUUCAGCAGGACCAUUGACAGCCGACUAUUUUUUCAGAGUGGUGGAAAACUUGGUCGCAGGUUUACCUGCAAGAAAGGCAUAUAUUUUAGCAAAUGCUAUAUGUGCCGAAACUAUAGCCAGAGGCCGAAAUCAAACGCCGGAAGAGUAUGAACCGAAGCUCAAAGAUAUUAAUUUUCAGUUCCGUACACCGUGCGAUAGGCGUACAUAUCCUAUAGCAGAUCCCAUCGGUCUACUUCGUGAUCCGGAUUUUGAUCCGUACAAAAAGACCGUCAUAUUCUCAACCGGCUGGACGACCACGGUGAAUAAUGAACGUCACGAUGCCUUGUCUAAGGCAUACAAUUGUCGCGGUGACACCAAUUAUCUGGCGCUGGACGCUGGCGACUACAUAACCUUGAUGUAUGUGUGGUCUGCACAAAACACGGACACAAUCGGUAAAUAUCUCGCUGUAGGCAUACAAAAACUCAGCAAGUUUAUAGACGUCGCCGGCUUGCACUUGAUGGGUCACAGCUUGGGCGCACAAAUAAUGGGUACGGCAGCGCGUCACUAUCGUGAUUUGACGGGCAAAAGCUUGCCCUACGUGACCGGUUUAGAUCCCGCUUUUCCAUGCUUUAACGAAGGUGAGACGCUAACCACCAUCUCGGCAAGUGACGCCGACUUUGUUGACAUCAUACACACAAAUGCCGGUAUUAGCGGCCAGUAUAAAGCUUACGGCAAUGCGGAUUUCUAUGUCGGUGGUAAAUUUCCAAUUCAGAAUGCCUGCAGAACGCCGCAGUGCUCACACGAAAUCGUUUGGGAGUACUACACGGAGUCGGUCUAUCCCAGUAAUGAGCGCAAUUUUCUGGCAAAGCGCUGUAACUCGCUGUAUAGCCUUCAGUAUGGAAGAUGUAAUGGUCCUGAGUUUCCCAUGGGCUUCGCUGUGCCGCAUGAUUUAAUUGGCCGUUAUGUGCUUGAUGCGAACACUGAGAAGCCGUAUGGCCAAAAUGCUACUGCGGCGUACACGAAUCCUGAUACUUCGCCCUGUGGCGCUUGUUCUUCUUCCUGUGCUUGAGGAAGAUAUCUUUUCGUAUAACAUACAUACACAUACAUAUA